CGAAGAAAGUCCAAGAACAAAUCAGACAAUCAAUUGGGAACAAAGGUACUGUGAAUGAAGAUGAUGUCCAAAACAUGCCUUAUCUCAAAGCAAUGAUAAAGGAGACAUUUAGAUUAUAUCCUCCCGUUCCACUCCUAGUGGCAAGAGAAACAAUGCUGAAAUCCAUACUACAAGGGUAUGAAAUUCAACCAAAAACUAUAAAUGUUAGUCCUUGGGCUAUUGCAAGGGAUCCUGAAAUAUGGGAAAAUCCAGAAAAAUUUAUACCUGAGAGAUUCUUGAAUAGCAGUAUUGAUUUCAAGGGCCAAGAUCAUGAGUUGCUUCCAUUUGGAGCAGGCUGGAGAGGUUGCCCAGGUAUUGCAUUUGGUGCUGCCACAGUGAAUCUUAUACUUUCAAAUCUUCUUUAUGCAUUUGAUUGGGAAUUGCCUUGUGGGAUGAAGAAAGAAGAUGUUGACACCGAUGUUUUGCCUGGAAUCACUAUGCAUAAGAAAAAUCAUCUUUGCCUUCUCCCUAAAAAUUAUCUUUAGACUAGCUAAAUCUAGUCAUAACGUAAGUUUUAUUAUAUCCGUUAAUAAAUGAGUAGUGUGUUUCCCCAUCACCUAUGUUUAAUUAUAUGGUAUGCACGAUUUUGUGAUC